UUCGGAAUAGCCAUUAACGCUACCUUACCCUCUGCUUUCUUUUUCUGUGGCUUCCUUAUCGUCUACAGUUCAGGAAUUCCCUCAUUCCAGCUUCAUUCUCUCCCAACCCUCUACCUCUUCUUCUCUUCCUAUGCGUUUUCAAUUUCCACAACUUUGCUUCUCGUUUUGAUCCUCUCUUUCUAUCUGCUGCCGGACUAGAAGGGGGCAUGAAUUCCAAUUCAAAGGAAUUAGGUAGUUAUUUAGUUGACCUGCGAGGGGUGUGGACUCUGGAGAAACAAUAGAGGACAAGUCAUUCGGAUGCUGGAAGCCCUAGCUUCUGCCUUUGAAUGUUGUGUCUGAUCACCCGACUCGACAGUUCGCCUUUGUGUGGUUCUGAUUUGUUAUCUGACAGUGUGCAUUGAUUAAAUGAUUUGGUCGUUAAGGUCUAGAAGAUGGCCUUAAUUACCCAUCAUCCUCAGGGUUCUUACGCAGAAUUUUCAUCAAGAUUGUCAUCCUGGAACGGCUCUUUGAAUUUGAAACAUUGUGUAACAUCCAUUCGCACAGUUGGGAGAGCUGAACACCGUACACCAUUGAGGAGCAAUAUUUGUUUAAGUGUAGGGACUCCUCGAUUAUGUGGCUCAAGACCUAAUCUCUUGAAAGUUUCAGCCUUCAAAAGCAGUGCUCGUAUAGAUGAUGAGACAGGUGGGGUAGCAAAUGGAUCCAAGAUUCCCAGCUUUUCUGUAAAGCUUAAAGAUGGCGAUUAUUGUACGGAAACUCCAAAGGCAAACAAUGUUCCACUUUGCUAUGCCUCUGGAGCAAACGAGGAUAUUGCUCCAUCCCCUGCUAUUCAAAAAUUGUUCAAGAAAUGGUUGGAAUUGUUGCGCAGACAACCUGUUAGUCAAGAUGUGGAUGGGAUUCUGGAGGAUCUGCCUUCGGCAGAGAUGUCAGAUACUCAGCAAGAGUCCAAUAAAAAGGAAAGCAGCGAGAUUCUUAGAGGGGUUUGGUUCCACUUUCUGGGACUUAAUGCAGCAGUGAAGAUACCUUUGCUAAUAUUUGUUCCUCUGUACCUGGUGGUCAAUGUGUUUUAUGGGGCUGAAGUUUCAAGAGAAUUGUCUCCUCUUUGGGUUUUGGGCCCCUUAAUGACUGCUUUCUACAUCAAGAUGUUUCACUGGUUGUGUGCACUCUAUAUCUUCAGCUUUAAGCAGACGGCUAAACUAAUAAGAAACUCCCCUGCAUACUACCAGACAGCGCAGCGCUAUAUCAUACAAGGGAAACUUAAAGAAGAGUUCAUAGCUCGUUUCAUGCAACCUAUAAUCAACAUUAAGAAUCUAGACUACAAAGAAGUAUCACAAAGAAAGUUCAUAGAGUUGAGAGAGUGGAUUGUUGAGAAGUAUCUUGACUUUGUGGAAUCAAUUUGGCCAUACUACUGCAGAACAAUCAGGUUUUUAAAGAGAGCUAAUCUGAUUUAGACUACGGUUUGUAUUUUGAGGCAAAUCUUUUCCAAGAGCAAAGGCUAGAUCUGGUUUCUUUCUCACAUAAUCUAUGAAGCAUGAUUCGUUAUUAAAGCAGGGCUGGCCGACCACUUUUAAUGUGGGAUUCUUGGUGUUUAAUGAGCUAAUGAAGGAUCAGAACAACUUGAGUUGUCUGAUUUUUGUGAUUGUUAUGAUGAGGAUGUAAUUUUUUUUUUCCCUUCCCUUCUUGUCCUUUUAAUUGGAAGAGGCCCCACAUUAAUUUGCAUUUUUCCUGUUAUAGUGAUGUAUGUGUAAGCAUUGUCAACUUGAAUGUUACCAUUACGAAUCA